AUGGAGCUAAUAAAAGACAGGUUGAUGGUGAUGAUUAUCGUGUUCAUUAUGUGGAAAUACAGUUUUAAAAAAAAAUGUGUCCUACUGUAUAUAAACACCUUUUUGUCUUCAUUCUCAGGAUUUACCUCUGUGCCAGUGAAAGGGAGUUGCUGUUCGUAUUCUAGUCUGGCGUGGGCUUUCCAGUUACGGUGUUCCAUCUCUUCCCCCUGUCCUGUGACAGUUGAGCAACGCAGACAAAGCAGUUUCUUCAAUAUGUUGACAGCUGAUGAGCUAUGGAAAGGAGCUUUGGCAGAGACUGGUGUGGGAGUAAAGAAAGGAAGAGGAAAGAGAAGGAAGAAAAAACUAAGGAAAAAUCUCAAUAAAGGCCAGGAGAUUGGUGAAGGACGUUCUGGUUUCCUCUGGCCUGGUCUUAAUGCUCCUAUAAUACAAAGUGGGAGAGUCCAGGCAGUUACUCAGCGAAAAAAAGAAGAACGAGAGAGAAUUCAGUCUGAAAUUCUUCAGCAGAGAGAUACAUGGGAGAAGAAAAGAAAAGUCAAAGUUAAGAGAGAGGGAGGAUGGAGUGGAAAGUGCUGGGGAGGUGUCCUUCUGGAUCCUCCUGACCCAGGUCCUAAUGGAGAAACUUAUGAAGAUUUUGAAACAAGGGCCAUUGAGGUGAAAAAUGUGUUUUGUAUGAAGGCAAAGGAAGGCAGAAAAAAAUCAGUACGUGCCUUAGUGGCUAUUGGAAAUGGUAAAGGAGCUGCAGGUUUUGCAAUGGGGAAAGGAGGUGACAGGAUGAAUGCUUUACGGAAAGCAAAGAAUAAAGCAAUACGCUGCUUACAUUUUAUAGAGCUAUAUCAGAACCACACAAUUUAUCAUGACAUUACAGUGAAAUUUAAAAGGACAAGCAUCCGCAUGAAGAAGCAAAACAAAGGGUAUGGUCUUCGUUGCCACCGAGCUAUCAUCACCAUCUGCAAACUAAUUGGUAUUAAAGACAUGUACGCCAAGGUUUCUGGAUCCAAAAACUUGAUAAACAUUACCAGAGCGCUCUUUAAAGGCUUGACACAGCAGGAGACUCACCAACAGCUAGCAAACCAGAAGAAUCUCUAUGUAGUAGAGUUCCGCGAGGAGCAGGGCCCUCUGCCUAUCGUUGUCGCACUGCCCGAGGGGACUGUCCGUGAGGAUCCAGAGCCUGAAGAUGAGGUUCCAGACAUAAAGCUGGAGUGGAGUGAGGUGAAAGAAGCUCAGGGAAUGAAGAAAUCUCCCUGGGUGAAUGUCAGACAGACAGUAUGGUAAACGCUUCAGUCCCUCUGUCUCUUCUGCUCAGAGCUGCAACUGGAAAAGCCCAGCCCAAACAGACAGGUUGUCUAGGCUUACAUUUCAGGGGAGGACAACAGUAGACCUCACAUGCCAUUCAUAUUGCUGCUCCCAUUGCGACCAUUCAGUAACACUGUUCGCUUUCCCACAAUUCUUCUGAGCACUGUUCAACUAGGGACAUUCAGACAUUUCCAGACACUGGAAACAGCCAGUGAACAUGACUUUGUCUUCAAGCAUGCAUUUACUCGAAUACUGAAGAUGGUGUUUAAUCAACAGGUCCCAUGUUUCUUUCACAAGUUCUUGGGAAACUCCUGAAAAGAGAAGAUUGCAAAAGCAAUAAAGAAUUCUCAGAAUGA